GACAAAGAAAUUCAACCUAGUGGAAAGCACAAAUAUUCCUUCCACGAUAACAUAGCAUUCAUGGAGAUCAAUGAAUUAGAAGGAAAGGACAGUGGGACCUACAUAUGCAUUGCCACAAAUAAGGCAGGAAAGAAUCAAUGCAGUGGAUAUUUAACUGUGAAAGAACCUCCAUAUUUUAUUGAAAAGCCUCAGUCACAAGACACUCUACCAGGGUCUAGAGUUCAGUUUAAGACUGUCUUGAAUGGCACCACUCCAAUGGUAAUCAAAUGGUUUAAGGAUAGCAAGGAACUCCUUUCAGGAGCAAAUCGAUCAGUUUGGAAAGAUGAAUCUUCAAGUAUCCUUGAACUGUUAUCAGCUAAAGUU